CCAGACGGUGGAUUGAACCAACGUUUGAAGCUGCGAAUUCAGUCGGUUGCCGACGCUGGUGGAAAACGGUUUAGCUUUUCGCAUUUUCCCGCGAGUUGGUCUGAUCUCACGCGUUUCCAGACGGUCCCCGUACUUGAAAACCUUAGAGAUUGAGGUGCGAUUAGUGCGGUUGUACUUCGAUGAGUUGUUGCCGGGUGCGUUUUUGUGGUUCUGGUGAAGGCCAGAGAUAAUGUUCCACCACAGGAGCUAAGUGCAAUUGGUGCUCCCGAUACAACCAGGCGAAGCAAACUGCCGAAAUCUAGUGUUUAUCUAGCAAUAAGGAAGAUCACGGAGUGCGCGGGUUGUUCUCGGGAAAGUUAAUUGUGCUGGGCCGUUUCCCGAAAGGGUAGGCAGUUUUUGCGGGACCGUUGAAUUGGAUUUGGCGCUGGAAUUGACGCGCUUUAGUGUUGUUGACUGGAGAGGUUACCUCACAACGGGAUCCGUGCGAGGGUAGUAAAUUAUUUCGUUUAUUUGCUGUGAAGAAGCCUCUGUCAGUAGUGUUCUGUCGGGAAAAAAGGGAUUGUGGCAGAAAGUUUAUAAUUUAAUCUGCAAGCUGGAAAUUGGAUUCCUAGCGAGAGAGAGAGAGAGAGGAAGAGGAAAUGUGAUUCGGCUGAGUUUAGUGAAAUUUUGGAUAGUUAAAACCGAAAUGGGUUUCCUAGCUCAAUUUGUGCAAGUUUGCAUUCAAUAAGGAUCGCCUGCGAGUUGGAAUUAGGAAGUUUGCGGGGAUAAGAUAUUGUGAAGUGAACUUUUAGACGACAGUUCCAGCGAUGGAACUGUGGCGCUUGAUACCGAACGGAACGGAAUCGGUUACGGUGGACGCUCAACAGAUAUUGGGCUUUCCCUCGGUGAUAUCCUCGACGGUGGAGGACAUCUUUGGCUCCAAUCGGAUACAGAAGUCGAUUCGGAUGCUGGAAUCAACGGAGGCGACGGCAUUUGGAGAUGUGUCCGUGGAUCACGUGGAUGAAUACGAACCGUACGCGGACCGGUUGGAGACCUACAUAGUGCCGGUGGUGUUUGCCAUCAUAUUCAUCGUGGGCAUUCUGGGCAAUGGAACCCUGGUUAUCAUCUUUCUGCGGCAUCGAGCCAUGCGAAACAUUCCAAACACCUACAUUUUCUCGCUGGCUUUGGCAGACCUUCUGGUUAUCUUCGUGUGCGUUCCGUUGGCGUCGAUAAUAUACACCCUGGAAUCGUGGCCCUGGGGUGUCACUCUGUGUCGCGUGACCGAGUGCUUCCGAGAAAUCAGCAUCGGCGUUUCGGUGUUCACCCUUACUGCCCUGGCAGCCGAUCGAUACUGCGCCAUUGUCAACCCUUUACGAAAGCUGCAGACUCGCCCAGUCACGGUCAUUGUGGCGGUGCUCAUCUGGUUGCUGGCGAUUGCUUUCGCCAUUCCCUCGGCAGCCAUCUCGGACGUGGUGGUGGUGAAAAUUGAGUCCAACAAAACCAUCGAAUAUUGUUCACCGUUCGGACAGCCAAGCGAAAGCGCUACAGCUUACACCAAAUACAAAACCAUCAUCAAUUCGGUCAUUUACUACUUCCUUCCGCUGGCCAUCAUCGGCAUCCUGUACAUCCUGAUGGCGUACCGAUUGCACGUCAGCGCCCGGGACAUGCCAGGAGAGAACGCCGGCCCGCAGAGUCGUUCCCAGGCCAGGGCCCGGAGACACGUGGCACGGAUGGUGAUUACCUUCGUGGUGGUUUUCAUCAUCUGCUUCCUGCCGCACCACGUGUUCCAGCUGUGGUUCCAUCUGAAUCCGAACUCCCUGUUCGAGUAUGACGAUUUCUGGCACAUCCUGCGGAUAACCGGCUUCCUUUUGAGUUUUCUCAACUCAUGCAUCAACCCGGUGGCCCUGUACUGCGUUUCCGGCGUAUUUCGGCAGCACUUCCACCGGUACCUGUGCUGUCGGCAGAUGUCCGUUCAGCGGCGCAUCGGCAUGUCCUCGGUUGGCAAUGCUUGCGAAACGAGUUUUGUGUCGACGAUUCGACGCUCGCAGCAUAACCACAGCAUCCGGAAGUCCCUGUCGGUUCACUCGGUCCAGAGCACGAAGAGGUGAGACAGCGUGCGGCUGAUGGUGUAUUUCCAGGAUGGCCAUUCCGGUGGCAAACGUGGCGGUCCAACCAUACGGAAGUAAGUGGCGAAAUUAAGUGAGAAGAUAGGUGGGGGAUAGCGAACGUGGGGGCGAAUUGUGAUUUCUCGUGCACAUAGGAGGAAAUUAAUAGCUCAAAUUGAGGGACCGACCGUUCAAUUCGCGUUUUGUGUUAGAGAAACGUCAUUCGAAUCAUCUCAAUGGAAAUCAAAAAGUUUAUUGGAUGGUUAGAAGUUGGUAAAAGUGGUCAUAGAUCAACAAUAAAUUGUAUUUGCUUUAAAUACUCUGAAAGAAUCUCUGCCAAUAAGAAGUGUUAUGUUUAUGGUUUUACGUAGUAUCAUAAUUCAGGUUCGAGCUCACGGUGCUUAAUUUACCAAUAUUACCAAAACGAAAAAAAAAGCCAUCAUAACUUACACAGCCUGUUCGGACAACUUUGGACCGUUUUAAAAGAAACCGUUAGACGUUAUUUUGAGUUACACUCGUUAGAAGAACAGUUAAAUCAUUGCAUUUCUAUACCAAAAACCGUCAAUAAUAUAAAAAAAUUCCUAUUGGAUCAUAUCUACAUGGUUACUUACAGAAUCAAGCGUUUUGAGGCACUAUGGAGUUGAUAUUAUUUCAUAAUCAUAAACAAAUGCCAUUUUAAAACAUACAGUGCUAGACAAUACAUUUGCUAUUUUUCGAUUUUUUUUUACAAAAUGGUCAA